UAGCAGCUUUCAAAUUCUAAGAGAUAUUCUUAUUUGAAGUCCAGGGGAUCUUCUGAUUCCUCAACCACUCCAUCUUAUACAGUGGAGUCCACUUCUCAGGAAAAGAGCUCUGGUUAUUGGGGAAGUUCUAAGCAGGGUCAUAGCUAUAUAGAGUUUUUGCAGUAUCAUCUCAGCUGUUGCAAUAUUUCAGAGAUUUCCAAGCAGCAAUGGGAAGCACAAACGAAGAAAUAAUCAAGCCUCAUGCAGUGUUGUUGCAGAGCAAGGAGUUAUACAAGUACAUCUUGCAGACGAGCGUGUACCCACGAGAAGCCGCUCCCCUCAAGGAACUCAGGGAAGCUACUGCAACUCACCACAUGUCAUUUUAUGCGACAGCACCAGAUGCUGGUCAGUUAGUGGCUUUGCUUUUAAAGAUGGUGAAUGCAAAACAGACAAUUGAAAUUGGAGUCUACACUGGAUACUCUCUCCUCCUUGCAGCUCUCACAAUUCCUGACGAUGGCAAGAUUACAGCCAUAGAUAUCAACCGGACAACGUACGAGAUGGGUUUGCCAAUCAUGAAGAAAGCUGGCGUUGAACACAAAAUCAACUUCAUUGAGUCUCCAGCUCUACCAGUUCUUGAUAAGCUGUUAGAAGACAAAGAAAAGGAAGGGAGCAUUGACUUUGCAUUUGUGGAUGCUGAUAAGGGAAAUUACAAGAAUUACCAUGAAAGGCUAAUGAAGCUGAUAAAAAUUGGUGGGAUUGUCGUUUACGACAACACACUUUGGGGUGGAACUGUCGUUUUGCCUGAAGAUGAUGUUCCAGAGUUUGAAAGAGAAGGAAGAAAAUCUGCUUUGGAGUUCAAUCAGAAGAUUUCAGCUGAUCCUCGCGUUGAAAUCUGCCUUGCUCCACUCGGCGAUGGAAUCACCAUCUGCAGGCGCAUUUCCUGAUUAUAUAAUAUGAUGAUUCUCAGAAGUAUCACCAGUUUUCCCAUUGCUUCAUAUUUUCUGGGAAAGUGGGAUUAAGGAAAAUGAAUAAUGGUGGGACUUGUGUGUGUGCUUUUUCUUUGUUUUGCUGUACUUUUGUUUCUGUUUGGAGUGAAUUUUACAUAAUAAAUGGAUUCUAAAGCAUCAUUACAAGAUGAUGAUGAUUUGAUGAA